GAGAAAGAGAGAGCGCGCGCGAGAGAGAGCGCUAACCCAAUCAUCUCCUCACCCGCUCCCGUUAUAUAAAGCUCCAUCAGGCUGCGCUCCUCCUCCGUCCAACGGAGAGCCAUGAACACGGCGGAGGUGCUGCGGAGCGCGCUCGCCUGUCUCGCGCUGGUCCCGCGCUUCGUGGUGGCGGCGCUGGUGCUCUGGCUCCUCGACUUUCUGUGCGUGAGGAAGCGCGUGCUGGUGAGGGCCAGAGAGCGCGGGGGAGCGGAGCAGCAGGACGGGGAGGUGGAGGAGCGGAUCGGAGGGAGCGCGGACGCAGACGUGGACGACCCGCCACUCUGCGUGUCUGACUCGGACCGUAUGUUCAGCGUGGCGUCGCUGCGCGCGGUGUGGCACGGUCACUGGCUGGACGCGCUGAAGGCGGCGCGCGUGGGCCACACGGCGCCCAACAGCGAAGUGGUGCGUCCGGCUGAUGCUCGCCGCUGCCGCAUCUUGGAAUACGCGCGCGGCGCACGGCCACUCGUGCUCAACUUUGGCAGCUGCACCUGACCGCCGUUCAUGAUGCGCCUCAGCGCGUUUGGCCGCCUCAUGAGCCGCUACGCCGACGUGGCGGACGCGCUGCUGGUGUACAUCGAGGAGGCGCACCCGUCCGACGGCUGGGCGAGCUCGGACGCGCCGUACCAGAUCCCGCGCCAUCGCUGCCUCGAGGAGCGCCUGCGGGCCGCGCGCCUCAUGGAGCUCGAGGCGCCGCCCGGUUGCCCCGUGGUGGCGGACAGCAUGGAGAACACGGCCAACGCGGAAUACGGCGCGUAUUUUGACCGCCUCUAUAUCGUGCAGGACGGUAAGGUGGUGUACCAGGGCGGCCGAGGGCCCGAGGGCUACCGCAUCUCCGAGCUCAGGGACUGGCUGGACGAGUACAGGGGGCGGCUGUGCCAAAAGAAGGACACUGUGGUAACUCACGUGUAGCUCGUGCACCGCACCGUACGUGUGCUUAACGGAGAAAAAGAAAAAAGGAAAAAAAUCUAAAGAAACGAUUUUUUUGGACAGUAUUGUAAAGGGACGGUUGUAACAUAUGUAAGCAAGACAUAAUUAACCAAUCAAAUACUCAAAAUGAAAAAAAAAAUGUUUAUCAUUCACGUUAUUGUGAAUAUUGUGAUUAAGUUUCGUUUUUUAAAUAAGCAUAAUGCUUAUUUUCUUUCACACUACAUGACAAAAAAGAGAUAUGAAGAGUAUAAUGCAAAAAAUAAUUGAAGCAAUACAAGGAAAUAGUAAGCCUUUGAUUAAUCAACGUAUUUCCAUACAAAUUAAUUCAAAUUAAUUCAUUUUUGUUGAUGACGUUGAUGAUCUUUGUUUUUGUUUUUGCUGACUGCUAGUUUGACACGUUAGUCAUUAGUUUUUUCCAGAUUACAAAACAAUGAUUCUAAUAAUACUGCAUUUCUAGACAUUUGAUCUUAGGAUAGUUUCCAAAAAAAUCCUUCUGAUAGAAAAUUUACAUUAAAAAACUUUUUGUGAAACUUGGAGUUUCAGUGGCAGUCUAAACUGAGCGUGUGAACAGUGAGUAAAAUCACCUUAGCUACUAGAUUCUAAUUGAAGGAAUUACGGGUGUUACAACCGUCCCUUGUUACAUUUGUCGAUGGUCUCCCCUAACAAACAAAUAAGCUGCUACUAAAUUUUGAAGGAAGGGAAGGAAACACACAGACUCACACAACGUAUGUCGUUUCUAUCAAUACAGAAGGACAAAAAAGAUGUAUUUCCUAAGCGUUUCUGUAUGAUCUUCUGUUAGUCCCACCAUCUCCAGGUGUGUUUGUGACCAGUUUUGAGCCAGUAACUUUAUUCUCUUGGCUCUUCUCUAAACAUCCCAGUGUGUGAUCAUUAACAUGUGUGGCUUUGAGCACUUAGGUAGUCACCAACUAGUCACCUCAGCUCUCCUCCUCGUAUUGCUGUGAAGUUCGGUUUUUAAACGGUUCCUCAACCAGAAAACCGACACUGAUAUUUUUAAAUACGGCGAGGAAAUGAAGUGACUUUUAUAUGCAUAUAUUGUUCUUCAUUUUUGUUGUGCCAUCUGCGGUUCAUUUUGUAACUUAUUCCUUUUUAUCAACAACAUUUUGUAAUAAAUCCUGCAGUUGAAAACUGUGGAGGUGAGAUUA